UGUCCCACCCUUGAAGACGAUCUAUUGGUUAAAAAAUACACCCAGACAAUGACGCAGCCUUGGCAAGGCGGAAGUCGUUUCUCAUUGGUCAGUGUCGUUUAAGGAACAUUCAACAAACAAGAUAGGCUGAAUCACUGUCGAGAUGGAUGCAGCUACUCUCACAUACGACACUUUGCGCUUUGGUGAGAUCGAAGAUUUCCCAGAGACUUCAGAGCCUGUCUGGAUUUUGGGAAAGCAGUUCAGCGCCCUUACAGAGAAGGAGGAAAUUCUGGCUGAUGUCACCUCACGUUUGUGGUUCACCUACAGGAAAAACUUCCAGCCAAUCGGUGGCACUGGGCCUACUUCAGAUACUGGCUGGGGCUGCAUGCUCCGAUGUGGACAGAUGAUUCUUGCAGAGGCCUUGAUCUGCAGGCACUUAGGUAGAGACUGGAAAUGGAGUCCAGGUCAGCAACAAAGAGCGGAAUAUAUCAGUAUUCUGAAUGCUUUUGUUGACAAGAAGGACAGCUAUUUUUCCAUCCACCAAAUAGCUCAGAUGGGUGUAGGUGAGGGCAAGUCUAUAGGCCAGUGGUAUGGUCCUAAUACAGUGGCACAGGUACUCAAGAAACUGGCAGUAUUUGACACCUGGAGCCGACUGGCAGUUCAUGUAGCUAUGGACAAUACUGUGGUCAUAGAGGAAAUCAAAAGAUUGUGUAUGCCGUGGCUGGACUUUGAGAGGAGAGCCUAUGCAGCUUCUGUGGAACCUCAAGAGAUGAAUGGUGAUCUAGAGGGGGCGUGUGCUCUGGCAGAGGAUGAGACUGCUUUGUGGAAACCACUAGUUCUGCUGAUUCCUCUAAGACUAGGCCUAAGUGAUAUUAAUGAAGCUUAUUUUGAACCACUCAAGCAAUGUUUCAUGAUGCCUCAGUCUUUGGGAGUAAUAGGUGGGAAACCGAACAGUGCUCACUAUUUCAUUGGCUUUGUGGGUGAUGAGCUUAUUUAUCUAGACCCUCACACCACUCAGCCGGCUGUGGAUCCGAGUGAAGAUGUUCAGUUUCUGGACGAGUCUUACCACUGCCAGCACCCUCCAUGCAGAAUGCAUAUAUGUGAGCUUGACCCCUCCAUUGCAGCUGGGUUCUUUUGUCAAACAGAGGAUGAUUUUGAUGACUGGUGCGCACAGAUUCGUAAGGUUUCAAACUGUAGAGGCCUCCCUAUGUUUGAGUUAGUGGAAAGUCAGCCAUCUCAUCUAAUUACAGCAGAUGUACUCAAUCUCACUCCAGACUUCUCUGAUUCAGACCGGCUGGAGCGUUUCUUUGAUUCUGAAGAUGAAGAGUUUGAAAUCCUGUCUCUGUGAAGAAAUAUUACAUUGGCCAGACUUUUAGAAUCCUAUGGCAGAGCCCCUCCAAAGAAAAGAGGGGAGAGAGAGACAAAGAAAGAAUAUCAUUGACGUCCACGGCCAGUGUGGCAUAGUCACCUGCGUCAAACACACAGCUUUCUUCUUAAACUGCUAUAUUGACUAAUCUGUGUCCUCCUGAGUGAGCCAAAGUCAGGGCCCAUAGUAUCUUCAUGUACUUGCAUUUAAUUGUAUCUAUAAGUCUUAACACUAUAGAUUUAUUUUUAAGUGAUAUGGUGCCUUUUUACCCUCAGACACAGGUUUGCCAUAACAUGUUUUAAGGUAUUGGUUGGAAUAACUGCUUAUCAGAUUUGAUUUAGCAUUUACUUUCGACAAGGUUUUGGACCUGUAUUAACUUGUAAAUGGCAAUCAAGGAAGGUUGAGCAUUUACAUACUGGGACUUUUUCAAGUUCAGAAUCUCUGUACACAAGUUUAUUUUAUGAAUAUUUAAUUUGAAUUCAUUAAAAAUAAUAACAAUCAA